AUGGCGAGCAGUGGACCGCUGUAUAUGGGCUUCGACCUGUCUACACAGCAACUCAAAGGCAUUGUCGUAGACUCAAACCUCAAGCUCGUCCACGAAGCCAAAGUUGACUUUGACGCCGAUCUCAGCACCAAGUAUGGAAUCAAAAAGGGUGUCCUUACCAACCCUGCAGAGGGCGAGGUAUUCGCACCACCAGCAAUGUGGCUAGAUGCCAUCAACCUGGUAUUGGAUCGUCUAUCUCAGGCCGGCCUUGACUUCGGCCAGAUCAUGGGAGUAUCUGGUGCUGGCAUGCAGCACGGCACCGUUUUCUGGAAGAAGGAUGCAGAGCACCUCAUGGUUAACCUGGAUGCUGGCAAGUCAUUGUCAGACCAGCUCAAGGAUGCUUUUGCACACGACAUGAGUCCCAACUGGCAGGACUCGAGCACGCAGAAGCAAUGUGAUGCUUUCGACGCAGAGCUUGGUGACCCGGAGAAGUUGGCUCAGGUCACUGGCAGUGCUGCGCAUCAUCGCUUCAGUGGACCUCAGAUCAUGCGGUACCGGACUAAAUAUCCCGACCAUUACGAGAAGACAGCCCAUAUAUCCUUGGUGUCGUCCUUCCUUGCAUCUGUCUUCCUGGGCAGAGUAGCACCGAUCGAUAUCAGCGAUGUCACCGGCACGAAUCUCUGGGAUAUCCACCAAGGGAAAUGGCACGACCAGCUCAUUGCGCUGGCAGCCGGCGGUAAAGACAAAGCUGCAGAGCUGAAGAGCAAACUCGGCGAUGUCCCUGAAGAUGGAGGAGCCGGCUUAGGUACCAUCAGCAACUACUUCGCCACUCGAUACGGAUUCAACCAGGAUUGUGUGAUCAUCCCCAACACUGGAGAUAACCCAGCGACUAUAUUGGCCUUACCACUACGUGCCUCAGACGCAAUGGUAUCACUGGGAACAAGCACAACCUUCCUCAUGAGCACCCCGGAAUACAAGCCCGAUCCAGCCUACCACUUCAUGAACCACCCCUGCACAAAGGGCCUCUACAUGUUCAUGCUCUGCUACAAGAACGGCGGCCUCGCGCGCGAACAGAUCCGCGACCAAGUCAACGGCGACGAAUCCUACACCUGGGACAAAUUCAACGACGUCGCCAUGUCCACCCCUCCCGUGUCCCAGAAGCAAGACUCCGACGACAUGCGUCUGGGCCUCUUCUUCCCGCUGCACGAGACCAUCCCGAACCUCCCAGCCGGCCAGUACCGCAUGUCCUACAACCCUUCAUCCAACGCCUUGACCGAAGUCUCCAACGACUUCAUCUCAGACGACGCCCGCAACAUCAUCGAAUCCCAGAUGCUCUCCCUCCGCCUCCGCUCACAAGCCCUCGUGCACUCCGAAAAGGACCCCAAAACCGGCGCCACCCUCCCCCCGCAACCCCGCCGCGUCUACCUCGUCGGCGGCGGCAGCGCCAACCCCGCCAUCGCCAACAUCUGCGCCGAAGUCUUGGGAAGCGUGGAAGGGAUCUACAAGCUCGAUAUCGGCGGGAACGCGUGUGCGCUGGGGUCGGCGUAUAAGGCGGUGUGGGGCUGUGAGAGAAAGGAAGGGGAGAAGUUUGAGGAUUUGAUCGGGAAGCGCUGGGAUGAGGAGAAGUUUGUGAAGAAGGUUGCGGAGGGCUAUCGGAAGGGGACGUUUGAGCGGUAUGGGGAGGCGGUGAAGGGGUUUAAUUUGAUGGAGAAGGAGUUUUUGAGGAGGGAGGGGAGGACGCGUUGA